AUGUCAUCGCCGACGUGGAAAGGGCCUGGCGUCAGCGGCGCCGUGGCAGUAGCGGCGUUGGCGGCGCUCCUCGUGCUGCUCUACUGCCUCUCGCUCUUUGCCGGCGUGCCGCUGCUCGGGCUCGGCUCCGGGGGUUGCGCGCAGCAGCAAAGGUGGGAUAUCGUUCUUUGGCGCUUAUGCCCUGCGCUUCCCCCUUCCGCUCCCCCUUCUCCUUCCCCGUCCGUCCUUUCCCUCUCCUCCAUCCGCUUCCCGCGCCAAAUUUCCCUCUCCGCGACUCCCGCUUCCGGACGCCCUCCCCCUCCGCCCGCGCCGGUUCCCCCCCUCCCCCCGCGCCGAUUCCCCCUCCCCAGCGACAUUCUCCUUGCGCGCACCGACGCGGACGUGCGCAGUUCCGCCAGCACGGCGGGGCUGUUCGCGGAGCUGGGGCGCUGUGAGGCGCAGCUGUCGCGCCUGCUGGGCGCGGCCAAGGCGCGCGCGGAGGGGCAGGCGGAAGGGGAGGCGGCGGGGGGGAGGGCGGAGCCCGCGGAAGGGGGGAAUCCGUUUGAGGGGGUGAGCGCGGCGAUGGUGGAGAAGGAACUACUGGAACUCCGGCGCGAGGUGGCGCGGCUACAGGCGGAGAAUCUGCACCUGGAGAGCCAGAUGAAGGAGCGGGCAGCCUUUAGUGACGACACUGUGUCGCAGGAGGCUCUCCUAGCAGCAAAGCAGGCUCUGGCCCAGUACAACCCCCCUGCUGCAGCUGCAUCAUCCGAAGCAGCAACCGGCCCGCACGCCUACCGCUGUGCAGCGACAGCAGCGGACAUGCGGCGCUUCUUCAACUUCACCCCCCGCGGGCCGUGCCCCGACGACUGGCUGCUGGUGCAGCGGCUCGUGUUUGACAAGGCGUGCCAUGCGCUGCCGCGGAGACGGUGCACCGCUGCGACUGUGGAUGAAGCGAGAGAGCCCAUGCCAGUCCCAGACGCACUGUUCACACAGAAGGCUCUGAUGGACGGCAACGUGCGGUGGCAGCAGCACCGGUGCCACUCCUUCGCGUGCCUGAACCGCCAGAGCGCCACAGACUGCCGCAACUGCUUCAACAUGACGCAUGAGGCGCACCGCUGGCAGCGCGCCUACAAGGGCUCUAUCGCCAUGCAAGAUGUCAUUGCCAUGAAGCCCAAGUCGCUCAGGUAG